AUGCAUAUCCGUGAAGACAGGACCCGGUUAGGGUUUCGAAGACGCAACAAAAAGACCAAAACCGUGAUCAGCAAUCCAGAAACUUCGGAAGAGAGUAACAAGUUUGAUGAAAUCCCCCGUGACCUAGUGAUCGAGAUUCUUGCGAGAUUGCCUGUGAAAUCUGUAGCUAGGUUUCUUACGGUAUCCAAGUCAUGGGCAACAACUAUAUGCAGUCCAGAUUUCAUCAGAUGUUACCCGUGUGGUUCUUCGUCGAAGCCUCGAACCCUAAUUGCUUCUAGUGAAGCAGAUUUCAAAAGGGGUCAACACGAAUGGCACUUCUUCUCGCAGUCUUCCUCAUCAACGUCUCUUGUAUCACGUGUGACAUGUCCGCUCCCAUUACCAUAUAACUAUGGAAAGUACUAUGAUCAACAUCAUGUCAAUGGGUUGAUAAGCCUUGGAUAUGGUCCAAAGCAAAUCGUGGCUAACCCUAGCACAGGUACAUCCAUAACUUUACCAAGAGUCAAAACCAGGAGAACGAUAGUAAAUAGCUUUUUCGGGUACGAUUCUGUUAGUGAUCAAUACAAAGUGUUGUGCAUGACGGUUAAAUCGUAUGGUGAUCAAAGGGAUGAGUCAUGUCAACAUCAAGUAUUCACAUUAGGAGCUAAAAAGAAAUCAUGGAAAAUGAUAGAUUGUAGCAUUCCUCACCGUCCUUGCUCUAACGGUUUGUGCAUAGAUAGUGUUGUGUAUUAUACUAUGAUCAUGAGAUUUAUGUCUUCCAUUACAAUCCCGACACCAAUUUUUUUAGACGCACUAAGGUUGAAGCAUCCUCAGCGUUCAUGUGUCGUUCUAGAAGAGCAAUGGUUUUUCCGGAUUACGUAGAGAGUGUUAGAUUGUUGUAGACUAAAGUUAUAAUUUCGACAAUUUGUGAAUACUUGUAGUGAUAAAAAAAU